AUGGCAGACUUCAUCGUCCUCGGUGCUGGUGUUGCCGGACUGACUACGGCCCUCGAACUACGCCGGGCCUUCCCGUCAGCCACCAUCAGAGUGGUUGCGAAACACUUGCCCGGCACGACGGCGGGGACUGAAUACACGUCUCCAUGGGCCGGAGCCAAUUGGGCAUCCUUUGAAAACGAGCUCAACCAGUUCGCCGAGUACGAUCGGGUCAGUUAUACCCGGUUCCUCAACAUCGCGGCCGAAUCGCCCGAGAGCGGUGUACAAGUGCUGCCGCUGCGCAUUGCCUACGACACCGAGGAGACGCGUGAGAAGAGACUCUGGUAUGAGCAGCUGGUCGGAGGUGUUACGGAGGUUCCGAAGAAGGAGUUGCCGCCUGGCGCGAUCAUGGGGCUGGAUUGGUCGUCGUUCAUGAUCAACACGGUUGUCUAUCUCAGUUGGCUGCAGACGCAACUCCUCCAAUCAAAAGUCACAUUCCUCCGCCGCAACUACAACCACAUCGACGCACUCUUCCUGGACUUCCCCAACACCAACGCCGUAUUCAACUGCACCGGUCUCGGGGCGCGGCAUCUCGGCGGUGUCGCCGACGAGGCGGUCUACCCGACCAAAGGCCAGACCAUCUUGAUCGCACAGCCCAAGGAGCCCUUGAAACGAAUGUACGUCCAACACAUCGCCGCUUGGGAGAACGAGUUCGCGCAUGUCUUCCCCCGGCCGCUCGGUGGUGGCGUCAUCAUCGGCGGCGUGCGCAGGGACAACGACUGGACCGGCGAGCCGGACAUGCAGCUGGCCGAGCGCAUCAAGAAGCGGUGCUGCGCGUUGGCUCCGGAGUUGGGCAGACCUGAAGACUUGCAGGUUAUCAGCCACAAUGUUGGAUUAAGACCGAGCAGAAAGGGCGGUGCGCGCGUCGAACUCGAAAAGCGAGGUGGAAAACUCCUGAUCCACAACUACGGUGCUUCUGGAGCUGGAUAUCAAUCUUCAUGGUGA